AUGCACAAGGCUCUCCUUAAUUACACCGUGACACGGAGAUCGGUUCCAGCGUGGUACGAAUCGGAGCGACUCAAAUCGGAGCGACUCAAAUCGGAGCGACUCAAGUCGGAGCGACUCAAGUCGGAGCGACUCAAAUUGGAGCGACUCAAAUCGGAGCGACUCAAAUCAGAGCGACUCAAAUCGGAGCGACUCAAAUUGGAGCGACUCAAAUCGGAGCGACUCAAGUCGGAGCGACUCAAAUCGGAGCGACUCAAAUUGGAGCGACUCAAAUCGGAGCGACUCAAAUCAGAGCGACUCAAAUCGGAGCGACUCAAAUUGGAGCGACUCAAAUCGGAGCGACUCAAGUCGGAGCGACUCAAAUCGGAGCGACUCAAAUUGGAGCGACUCAAAUCGGAGCGACUCAAAUCGGAGCGACUCAAAUCGGAGCGACUCAAAUCAGAGCGACUCAAAUCAGAGCGACUCAAAUCAGAGCGACUCAAAUCGGAGCGACUCAAGUUGGAGCGACUCAAAUUGGAGCGACUCAAAUCAGAGCGACUCAAGUCGGAGCGACUCAAGUCAGAGCGACUCAAAUCGGAGCGACUCAAAUCGGAGCGACUCAAAUCAGAGCGACUCAAAUCAGAGCGACUCAAAUCGGAGCGACUCAAAUCGGAGCGACUCAAGUCGGAGCGACUCAAAUCGGAGCGACUCAAAUUGGAGCGACUCAAAUCGGAGCGACUCAAAUCGGAGCGACUCAAAUCAGAGCGACUCAAAUCAGAGCGACUCAAAUCGGAGCGACUCAAAUUGGAGCGACUCAAAUCAGAGCGACUCAAGUCGGAGCGACUCAAGUCAGAGCGACUCAAAUCGGAGCGACUCAAAUCAGAGCGACUCAAAUCGGAGCGACUCAAAUCAGAGCGACUCAAAUCAGAGCGACUCAAAUCAGAGCGACUCAAAUCGGAGCGACUCAAGUCGGAGCGACUCAAAUUGGAGCGACUCAAAUCAGAGCGACUCAAAUCGGAGCGACUCAAAUCAGAGCGACUCAAAUCAGAGCGACUCAAAUCGGAGCGACUCAAGUCGGAGCGACUCAAAUUGGAGCGACUCAAAUCGGAGCGACUCAAGUCGGAGCGACUCAAAUUGGAGCGACUCAAAUCAGAGCGACUCAAAUCAGAGCGACUCAAAUCAGAGCGACUCAAAUUGGAGCGACUCAAAUCAGAGCGACUCAAAUCAGAGCGACUCAAAUCGGAGCGACUCAAAUCAGAGCGACUCAAAUCAGAGCGACUCAAAUCGGAGCGACUCAAGUCGGAGCGACUCAAAUUGGAGCGACUCAAAUCAGAGCGACUCAAAUCAGAGCGACUCAAAUCGGAGCGACUCAAAUCGGAUCAUUCUCAGUCCACUGCUGUGUGA